AUUCGUUACCAAAUUUGCCACCACCCCACAACGCUAAUUACCAGCAAAGUUUGCAGCUUUACACUGCAGGAUAAAAACCAGCCACACCCCAUUAGAUAGUAGCCAAUAGAUUCAAAGUUGAGAGAAAGAAAGAACCAAGCAAAGCCUGGCAUCAUCAUCAUCAUCAAAUCCAGACACAACAAUGGCACUAAAAAGAGCAUUGUGGUUGUUGAUGCUGAUGCUGACACUGUCUGUAGUUGCUGCUGAUACCAACACCAACAGGGUGUACCAGCCUUGUGCUGAUGCCAGGAUUAAGAGAUCUGAUGGCUUCACUUUUGGCAUUGCUUUCAGUUCCAGGGAUUCUUUCUUCUACAACCAGUCCCUCCAGCUCUCUCCCUGUGACCGCCGUCUCUCUCUCGCUUCCUCCAACUCACAGCUUGCUCUCUUCCGCCCCAAGGUUGAUGAGAUCUCUCUCCUCACCAUCAACACCUCCACUUUCUUCCCCGAUUCUUAUGGUGGAUACAUGGUGGCAUUUGCGGGAAGGAAAUACGCAGCACGUUCUCCCCUAGCAUUUGUUGCAAACAGCACAUACACCGUGACAAGUUUUACACUGGUGCUAGAGUUUCAAAAGGGUAGGCUACAUAACUUGUACUGGAAGAGAGACGGUUGUUCUUCAUGCAAGGGAAAAUCCAACUUUGUUUGCCUCAACAAACAAGACUGUGCAAUCAGAACAUCAUCUUGCAAAGGCAGAGGAGGUUCAGUGGAUUGUAGUCUUGGAAUUCAGCUGGCAUUUUCCGGCACAGACAAGCAUCUCUCAGUGCUUAAUUCAUGGUAUGAAGUGGAAAACAUGAGGCAGUACUCUCUUUAUGGCUUGUACUCCAAUCUCAGGGACUCUCUCACCAGCCAGUAUAACAAAUUCUUUUAACAACAGAAAAUAUCUUCCUCUAUAUUAUUUUGUUUGUUUGGGAUGGUAUUGUAACUUUUGUGACUAUUGUUCUUUGCCUUCUCAAUUACUUGCAACUUUGCACAUUUUUUGCUUACCAAUUUUUGUAUGUUAAGAACGUGUAUUGUGUACAUUUAAGUAGGCUGCAAAUGCCUUUAUUUGUUUUUCA